AUGUCUGAAAAAGUCUUUUACCUCGUGUCUGUGCCCGCUAGCUCUGCACCCAGCGGCGGCGACCCCGAAUCCCAGCUUGAAAACUGGUACAGUGAAACACUGGGCCUUAAAACCGGCUCCGACAUCAACUCUUUUGCUAUUCCCAGUUUUAAAAUAGGCACACUUGACUCUCUCGUCCAGCAGUCUGAGGACCUGGCCAAGCUUGACGCGCAGUACCAGGGUGUUGUCUCUAAAAUUGCCGACAUCAUUAGCACGCUCUAUGACGGCAACCCAGCAAGCAUUGCCUCUGCCAAAAAGAUUAAGGACCAGCCUCCUCAAGACUACGUCAAAACAUUUACUUGGAACACCAACAAAUUCAGAACUGACAAGUCUAUUCCUGACUUGGUUGACCUUAUUUCAAAGGAAACAUUUGCACUUGAUAACGAUGUCAAAACCGGAUACUCUACUUAUACUGCUGCCAAAGCAAAUCUUUCUACAAUUGACAGAAAACAAACAGGUAACCUUUCCAUUCGUUCUCUUCAUGAUGUUGUUCGUCGCGAACAUUUUGUUCUCGACUCUGAGUAUCUCGUUACUGUUCUCACAGCUGUCCCCAAAUCUCAAUCUAAGGAAUUCCUAUCUUCCUAUGAGACUAUUGUCCCCAUGGUUGUCCCACGUUCGGCUUCCGUGAUUGCCCAAGAUGACGAGUACAUUUUGUACAAUACUACCCUUUUCAAGAAGUAUGCUCCUGAAUUUUCACUCAAGUCCCGUGAACAUAAGUGGAUUCCCCGUGAGUUCCACUACUCUGAAGCUCUCGUCGAGGACCUCAAGAAGGAGCAACAGGUUGCUGCUCAGGCUGAGCGCAAGCAGUGGGCCGACAUUGUUCGUCUAUCGCGCACUGCCUACGCCGACGUUGUUGCCAAUUGGACCCACCUUAAGGCCAUUCGCAUGUUUGUCGAGGCAGUGCUGCGCUACGGUCUUCCCCCUAACUUUGUCAACACUUCUCUUUAUUUCCCAGCCAAAAACAUUAAGAAGGUUGAGGAUGCACUUGUCGCUAAGUUCGGAUACCUGAGUGGCAAUGCCUUCCAAAAGGACAAAAAGGGCAACCUUAAGACCGACUCUGACCUCCAUGAGUACGGUGCUCUUGUGGAUACUGACUACAAGCCUUUUGUCUACUACGAGCUGGAUCUGUUUUAA